GGAGCUCGGCGCGCCGGGCCCCGUGGGCUGGCUGGUGGCAUGGCGGACGAGGAGGAGGACCCCACUUUUGAGGAAGAAAAUGAAGAAAUUGGAGGAGGUGCAGAAGGUGGGCAGGGUAAAAGAAAGAGACUUUUUUCUAAAGAGUUACGAUGUAUGAUGUAUGGGUUUGGGGAUGACCAGAAUCCUUAUACUGAGUCGGUGGAUAUUCUUGAAGACCUUGUUAUAGAGUUCAUCACUGAAAUGACUCACAAGGCAAUGUCAAUUGGAAGACAAGGGCGGGUACAAGUUGAAGAUAUCGUCUUCUUGAUUCGAAAGGACCCAAGGAAGUUUGCUAGGGUUAAAGACUUGCUUACUAUGAAUGAAGAAUUGAAACGAGCUAGAAAAGCAUUUGAUGAAGCAAACUAUGGAUCUUGACAACUUUUGAACUUUCUGAAGCUUCCUUAUCAUCUGAGGAGACCAUAUAUAAUAACCAUAUAUUUUCCGUAGUCAAGUCCCGAUAACUAGCCAUGUAAGUGAAAGAUGGAGAAGCACAAAGUUUUCCACCUUUAUUUUCAUGUCUUGGAUCUUAGAGUGAUGUUUGAAACUUUAAUUGCCUGCCAUACUAGCAUACCUGAAUUACUUACUGGGUUUUAAUGACCACACAUAAGCCGAAGGAUCUUGCAAACCAUGUAGUAUCUCCUGAUUUUUGACUGUCUAAAUAAUGUAGUAUUUAUGUAUCAGGUGUAUUUGUGCCGUUGUAGGCCAUGCUCUUUAAUAUAUGAAAUCUAAAUGGCACCUUUCACUUUAUGAUAGCUAAGACAUGAUAGCUAAAACUCGAAAGUUUUAAGGCUGCAGCAAUCUGAGAAGUUAUUAAAAGAUAGUGAAAUGGUCUGUUUCUUUUUAAGGAGAAGGUGAUAGAAGAAAAUACAGUCUUUUGUAGGAGUGUUUAUCUGUCUUAAGGUAAUAAUUUGUUUCAAUAUUCUUUCGAUAAAGUGAUUUUUGGGAGGGAGAAACUAAAAGUUGCAUGUGAGUGCUUUUGUGUUGAAAGCUUUUUGAUUUAAAACCUUUUGGGCUUAUAUGAUUUGUCAAGUUUUAAGAAAAUUCAUUUUCCCAGGUCAGAUUUCCCUUCUAAAUAAAAACAAAUGCUUUCAGUAGCAGGAAUGGCAUUGCUUAAAAGCUGAUGGCAGGAUAAGCAUUUGGGUGGUGUUUUAUUAACAUUUGUUAGUACUUGUUCAUUGUGGAAAUGUGUACUUGAUUAAAACCAUAUGUGACUGUGGAAACCACUUGUGUAGAUCAGGAUACACAGGUUUUGUGUGUAUUUAGCUUAUUGUAUUAUAUUAUUAUUGUAUUUAGCUUAAAAUCAGGAUUAAAACUGCAUUUAGAGGGAUCACUGAAUAUUACUCUGCAAAACUGAAUGUUUUGUGUGCCACUUCUAAACAUUAUAUACAAAUCAGUACUUUGGAAAAUUUUACUUUCUUAACCUAUUGAUACAGGAUUAAAGCGUGAAAAAUUAAAAAAGAUUACUACUUUAA